GCUGCAGAAUCCACCGAGGAGUGCAAGACUGCAUGCAAAAAUUUGCCAUGGAUGAAGCAACUAGAACCAUGGUUUUGUGUAUGACAUUCAUUUGUGUUGCCGCAUAUCUUUUUAAGGAAAUUUUGAAUGAUGUUCAGAGGGAUGUAAAGAAAUGCGACAAUGAGUUUUUGUCAAUCAAACAGAGAAAUGCGGAACUAGAAACGAAAGUACAAAUGCUGGAAAGCUCUUUAGAAAUACAAGAGAAAAAUGCAGCAGAGAAAAGAGAGAAAAAUAUAGGGGAAAGAAUAAAUGCACUUGAGACCUCUAUCUCGGCCAUACGUCAAGGUAGGACAUAUGCUUUCACAGCUCUCUUAAGUGGCUUAAACAACAAUUAUGGGUCUGGUCAAACAAUAGUGUAUGACAACGUUAAGGUGAAUACAGGGGGUUGUUACAGUGGCAGUAAUGGAAUAUUCACGGCACCAGUUGCUGGUAUUUAUUUCUUUAGCUGGAGUACCAUGACUUCACCAAACGUCCCAUUGGAUACAGCACUUGUUCUCAAUGCUGCAAGUAAUUACAGGGUAUAUUUGAAAGGUGUUGCGAGUCCAAACUCUUAUUCUUUAUUUUCUCAGUCUACAGUCGUUCAAUUGGCACCAGGAGACAGGGUUUGGAUUGUCGCAUACAAAAUGGGAGCUCAAAACGUUCAUGGCGGUUCAUGGCCAGCAUUUUCUGGUUUUAGGGUAUAAUUUUGUAGAUUUCAACCUUUGUCUUUUAAGUGAGUAUUGCAAAAUAUGUUAUGGCAUCUGUGUAAAAUGAAAGAGGAGGUUUUGGAACCAAGCGCUACCUACCGGACAUUUUAAGCCCAUACUGUUUGGCAUAACAAUAAGACAUCAAGUGACCAUAUUCCAGACGGUGAAUAAGUUACUUUUUAAAAUACAUGCAGUCAAUCUGGUUAUCUCGAAAUUGAUUGGACCGAACGUAAAAUUCGACAUAUCCAUGGUAUUCGAGAUAUCAGUUUUCGAGAUACUGAAGUUCAACUGUACUUGUAUGAAGAAAAGUUUGGAGAAGAAUGCUUGAGAGAAAGACGGACAUGGAA